UUUACUAUUUAUCUUUUUUUUUUUUAAUACCGUUGUAUGUAAUAGCAUCGUCUUUUGUAGGCGGCCUAGGCAUUACGUAGCCACCGUAGAGCGUGUACAAUUCUUUACGGAACACGUCAUACUUUCGAGACAACCGCCAUUCGCACUGUAUUGAAAACGUUCUGUAAACAAUUGACUUUCUGGUUGAUGCUCUACUUCCAUGGCGUUCAAUGGUGAUUUACCAUUUUGACUGUAUCGUCGUGUCUUUCUCCAAGUCUUAACCGACAUUAUAAACGUACCUACAUAUUGUUUAUUCCGGACAAAAGUCGUUUGUCGACCCAUUUUUUUCCAAACUCCAAACAUGAAAGGUAAGAGCACGUCUUUUGUCUUGCUGGUGAUCGUCGAACAGAUGUUGGGCGCCGUGCUAUUUGCGGGUCAUCUGGCCGAUGCUCAAGAAAUCGAAGAGAACCUAAGUGCGCACCGAAAAUCCAUUGCCGAACACGAUCACCGAUCGGACUUUCCUCACGCCGGAUUCAUACGCAGUGAAAAAGAAUUGGAAGAGAUUCAAAACUUACCACCGGAUGAAGCAAAAGACAAGCUCAGAAUAAUUCUCGUGGAAAUUGAUUUAGAUCUAAACGGAGAGAUAAGCAAGAAAGAGUUGUCAACAAGAUUAUUGGAAACGUACAGGAGUUUGUCCAACGAAGAGGCUGACUCAGAGUUUGAUGACAGCGAUUUGGACAACGAUGGCUUCAUUACUUGGAAAGAAUAUGUUACCGACACCUACGCUCUAAAUGAAGACGAUAUUUCCAUUUCUGAAGAAGAAGAAGAUGAUGUGGCUGCAGAUGAGAAAGCCAUCUUUAACGCUGCUGAUACUGACGGUGACCUUAAACUUUCUAAAGUAGAAUUUCGCAGUUUCUACACUCCCGAAGAUUACCCACACAUGGUACCGUUAAUUGUCAAAGAUGUGCUCAACGAAGUCGAUCUUGACAAUGACGGAAAAGUAACGUUAGACGAGUUUCUCAAAAACAAAGGUCACGAUGGCAGCGAUACGGAUAAAGAGUGGGUACAAGCAGAAAAGAUCAAAUUCCAUCGUGACUACGAUAGCAACAGUGACGGAGUGUUGGAAGGAGAAGAAAUUAUUUCUUGGUUGUUACCAAACAACAACAUGUUAUCCAUGUCUGAAGCCGAAGACCUGAUUUCAAAAUACGACCAAAACGACGACGGCCAGUUGAGUUUCAAAGAAAUAUUAGACAACUAUAAAGAAUUUGUUUUGUCGACCAACAACUAUUCUCAUCUCGACUAUAAAGACGAGUUAUAAUUCUCAUACUUUCAAAAGUAUUCAUGUUUUGCCAUUAUUCAGUUAUUGUAUAAUUUAUUAUUGCUAUUACAUUAAGUAAUGUAGUUUAGUAAAAUGUGUAAUUUAACACUUGCUUUUCAUUAAACUUUCUCGUCCUUAUCGAUUAAACAACAGACAAGCAGUAUUGUAAUAUAUCAAUUUAAAUUUAGGACUCUGUAAUAGGGAAAAUUGAUUUCCUAUUUUAACAAUGUAUUCUACUGACUGUAUUAAGUGAAAACAUUCAGACAGCAUUCACUUUUUAACAUGACUGUUUUAUUUUGCCUUUGUAUAUUUCUUUGAAUAUAUCGCCCUUAUCGCCACGCGCCGAUAGUGUGUUGACCAAAAAUUAUUAUCAUUUUUUUUAUAAUAUUUAUUUGUAAUUUAUUAUGUCCACCAUUGGAUUUAAGACUGCCGUACAAUCAUUGUUAGUAACAACAACAAUUUCUGAGACUAUUUUGUAACUGAAAUAGUAAAUGUAAACUGAAUUUUGUAAUUAUUAAAAUUUUUUUUUGUGACCAAAAAUAAUUUCAGUCAUUACUGUUUUUUUUUUGUAUUUUAAUCAAAAGCUGUUGACUAAAUAUUAUCAUAUUAUACUAUAAUAAUACAUUUAUAUAUGUAUUAUAACAAACUACCUAUUGUCAUGAUUAUCUUUAUCGUCCCACAUGUGUAAAUAAUAAUAAUUAUUAAUAUUUGUAUUUAUUUAUAAUAAUAAUAUGCAUUUAUUAAAUAAUACAUUUUAAGUUGUACACAUUUAAUGUAAUACUGUUAAAGUAGUCAUUUUCACGCAAUUGCAGGAUUGCAUUUAACCUAAUUGACAAUAGUAUUCUGUGUCGUAACAUUAACGUUAGGCACACAAUUGAACCAAACAUAUUUUACUUAAUGUUGUGAUACUGUGUAAUUUUAUGUUGAUUUGUAUCUGUAACAAAAUUACCGUCGCGGCUACCUGUUAAUUUUAAUUAUGUGUUUUGAGACUAAAGAAAUGCCAUUAUGUAGAAUUCCUAUAGUAUUUAACUAUCUACCUAUUAAACAUUGUAAUGGUUCCUCUUAAGAUUAAUAAUUGUUAUCAAUUUUGUAUUAAUCGUCCUGUGUGCGUCUAAUCAUUAUUUUACAAUUUAUCGUACCCAUAACUUGUUUGUUUCUGUGCUAUAUUAUAAAGAUAUAUGAUUGUAGUUUUGUG